CAAACGCAGCAGUGUCUCGUGAUGGGGGCGUUUUGUCGUCAGUUUUUCCCGUCUGGAGUCUGACGCACUCCGACAGCCAAUAAGCUCAUGUAGCACUUCGGCGCCGGAGCCCGCUGCUGUGGAGGCAGGAUUUCUUCAAAUAAAAAUGGCAGAUGUUGUCGAAGGAGACGGCAGUCGCUCCUCUGGUCCUUCCAUGCUUCCCUCGGCGGUUCGCAACGGCUCUGGCAUGUGCUCGGGAACGUGCGCCGGGGGCCUGGUCGCGACCACGGUCACCUCCGGGCCUCGGUGGGUCCGCAUCGUCAAGUCGGACUCGGGCUAUGGCUUCAAUGUCCGCGGGCAAGUAAGCGAAGGAGGGCAGCUGAGGAGCAUCAACGGCGAACUUUACGCCCCGCUGCAGCACGUCAGCGCCGUGUUACCGGGCGGCGCGGCAGACCGAGCCGGAAUCUCAAAGGGCGACCGUAUUCUUGAAGUAAAUGGGGUGAAUGUGGAAGGGGCCACUCAUAAGCAGGUGGUAGAUCUCAUCCGAGCAGGAGAGAAAGAGUUAGUCUUGGCUGUCCUGUCGGUUCCUCAGCCAGAGACGGACAGCCUUGAUCCCGGGGACGAUGGCUCAUCGCAAUCCUGCUAUGAUUACAGUGACAAGCAGGCCGUGCCCAUCUCCGUGCCCACCUACAAACAUGUGGAACAGAAUGGAGAGAAGUUUGUGGUCUACAACGUGUACAUGGCAGGCAGGCAGUUGUGCUCAAAGCGUUAUCGGGAGUUUGCCAUCUUGCAUCAGAAUCUGAAGAGGGAAUUUGCCAACUUUGCAUUUCCCAAGCUGCCAGGGAAAUGGCCUUUCUCUCUGUCUGAGCAACAGCUCGACGCUCGCAGACGAGGGCUGGAGGAAUACUUGGAGAAAGUGUGUUCUGUUCGGGUGAUUGGAGAGAGCGACGUCGUGCAGGAGUUUUUGUCGGAGUCUGAUGAGAAUUAUAAUGGUGUUUCUGAUGUGGAGCUAAGGAUAGCCAUGCCAGACAAAACUACAGUUACCGUCCGAGUCCGAAAGAAUUGCACAACAGACCAGGUCUACCAGGCUGUGGUAACAAAAAUAGGGAUGGACAGCAUUACUGCAAGUUAUUUUGCCCUGUUUGAAGUCAUUAACCACUCCUUUGCUCGCAAGCUGGCCCCUAAUGAGUUUCCUCAUAAGCUGUAUGUGCAGAACUAUACGUCUGCCAUCCCAGGCACCUGCCUCACGCUUCGCAAGUGGCUUUUCACCACAGAAGAAGAGAUUCUGCUCAGUGAUAAUGAGCUGGCCAUCAGCUAUUGCUUUCAUCAGGCUCUGGAUGAUGUGAAAAGGGGAUUCAUCAAAGUGGGAGAGAAAUCCUACCAGCUCCAAAAGCUCACUGAACAGAGGAAAAUGACCAUGUAUUUAGGUAUUCUGAGGACUUGUGAGGGCUACAAUGAGAUCACUUUCCCGCACUGCUCCUGUGACUCACGCAGGAAAGGUCACGUGGUCACUGCGAUAAGCAUCCACCACUUUAAACUCCAUGCGUGCACAGAGGAUGGCACUCUAGAGAAUCAGGUGAUAGCUUUUGAAUGGUCCGAGAUGCAGAGAUGGGACACGGAUGAAGAGGGAAUGGCUUUCUGUUUCGAGUAUGCGCGAGGGGAGAAGAAACCUCGCUGGGUCAAAAUCUUUACUCCAUAUUUCAACUACAUGCACGAGUGCUUCGAGAGAGUCUUCUGUGAGCUAAAAUGGGGAAAGGAGGUUGAAGAGGAGGCCACAGACAAGGACAAUAAGAACUGCAGUAAAGAUGGUAUGUGCGGUAAGAAUAUCUUCCAACUGUUGAGACACAGAAGGGAUGGAGGCACAUGAAUGAAGAGAUCAUCUCCUCUUGAAUUCUCAAAUACACUUACACUAAAAGUUGCAUACAGAGACUCAGAAAACAUUUCAGACCAGUCCCAUAUGCUUAUCCACUACUGAUACACGCCUACUGAAUUAAGAAGAUAACACGACCACAGUACGACGAUCAAAAUAUGGAACUACAUGACUUUUUAGAGACUUACACCAUCAUUUUACUGGACUGGACAGAUUUUUGUUGGACGUACUGGCUGCCAGCUCGGGACGGGAGAGGUGAAAACGAAAGGCUACAAUGCUCCAGGAGACAGACGUGGUGAAGUGAUGUCUGAUGAACACACCCUGGACGUUGACAUGGCAUCAGCAUUGUGACUAAUACAUGUCAUGUGACUGGUCAGACGCAGACAACUGAAAGCCUGCAGAGUGCGUCAAUUUAAAGACAUGGAAACGUCGGCGGUCUGGCUAAUGCAUCAUCCUGACACUAACACAUGCACCUGUGAUGGCAGAGAUGCUCUCUCAGAAUGUAUCUAUUAAAAAAGAAAAGCAGAAACCAUUACUACAUAUUUCACUUGGACAAUCAGAGUGAGAGAGGGAAAGAGAAAACGAGCCUAGAAACAAGGGCAAGAGAGGCCGAUCAAUUCUUUCCAUGCUUUUCCACAUUAAUUUGUCUCUUACCUCACUAUUGCCACUGUGUUGGUAGUAAGUUUGUACAGAUUUUCAGCCCUUUAGCUGAACUGAGGUUUUAAGUUUAAUUUUCAUUUUUUGUGCUCUCAUCUGUCUUUUAUUCUCCAAAGCAGUAUUUGAUUGCGCUAGCCAUCGCCAGGCCCAGAUGGAACUUCUGUACUGAUUUUAUUGGAAAUUUCUGUUGGUUAAAUUGGUUAGUGAUGUGAUGCUCUUUUAAAAAAUAAAUUAUUUAUUCAAAAUACAUAAAAAAAAAAAUCACAUUCAUAUAUACAGAUAUCAAAUACACCACUUUUUUUUUUAUAUGUUUAAUGCCUUUAUUUUGAUAGGACAGUAGCUAGACAGGCAGUGAAGUGGGACAGAGGGAUCGAAAAAAGGUCCACGAGCUGGGACUCGAACUCGGGGUGAAGUGCUGUGGCGCUAUGUCGGAGCACUGCACAUGAGUCUAUUGAGGGCAUCCGACCUUAUGAAUUGUUUUUAAUUUCUCUGCUAAAAUAUUUUUGGGGAUUAGGGUUCCAAAUCAUUCAUUCCAUACUACCUCAUAAUAUUUGUAAAAACAAAACUUUUCAUCUUGAAAGAUAUAUUCUGAAUAUAUAUAUAUAUAUAUAUAUAUAUAUAUAUAUAUAUAUAUAUAUGAUUAAAAAAAAGAAUUCAGAGGUUAUCAACAUUUUUGCUGUAUUCAACACUGUAUUUAAAGGCUCCUAGUAUUAGUUUUACUAGUAUUACUAGUAUUUUUAUGUUGCUUUAACAUAAACAUUCAUAAUUUGACAUUUUUAAACACAUUGAUCCCUGGCACUAAAAAUGCCUUUUUUCUUUCCAGGUCGACUACAUGCACGAGGCUGCUAUUAUAAAGCUGCUUGUUUUAUUGACUAGGUGUGUCAAUAUAUUAAAGAAAUUAGCCACAGUUGUUUUAGUGAUUUGAAUUAAAAAAAAAAAAAAAAAAGGACUCGAAUCAUUGCUGAGAGGAAAAGGAAAUGCACAUCUUAUUCUUUUUGUUUUAAAGUAAGCAUUUUAAUUAAGUUAGGUUAUUUUAAUAGAACUAUAACUGGAAUUAUUUUAAGUCAUUUUGAGGCCAUGUUAGUGGGCCCCAGACCCCUGCUUGAGAACAACCAUAUGAAAUAUAUGAAUCUAAAAAUAUAAAUCUUUUUAAUAGGCACUCUUGCAUGUCAAAGACCCAAACGCCACUGAGAGUAACUUUAUUAGUAGCUAAUGAUCAAAUAGAAUGUUUAAAUUGAGCACUCAAGGGACGGGGAAUAUGAUGAAUCAGCAGAGAUUCUGUGUGGGUCUGGCCAUGGCUGCAGAACACCUGCCCACUGAUCAUCUGUACCAGUGCUGUGUGGGUGUUCGCUCUGCUCAUAUAUGACUUGAGUUGUAUUAACAGUGUUAUACAUGUGAAGCACUGACUUGGAAAGCCAGCAGUGUUAGUUAUGUGUGCAUAUUGGGCUGCUUGGUUUAUGAGUUUUAGGAUGUCAUGUCUUCAUCCGGCAGUAGGUGGCUCUGACCGCACAGGAAGCCGUCUCCAUCAAACCACGUGUGAGUGCGAGUAUGCGUUUUUUGUUGUUGCGCAGGCGCACACGAACCUGUCACUCUAGACCAGUCAUGACAUGUUUUGCACUUUUUAAAAUGAAAGCCCGAGAUGCCGUUUCUGUUAUGUUUCAUUUUUCAAAUUCAUUGAAUUUAAAGGAAUGUUUUGCUUUUAAUACAAGACGAGCUCAACUGACAGCACUUUUGCCAUAAAGACGAUUACCACGAAAUAUAAUGUAAAAAAAAAAAUUGGGCUACAGUGAGAUAACUUAAUAGUACAGACACAAACAGUAUAUUGUCAAAUUAUGGGAAAUUUCUGUUAUUUCCAGUCCAGAAUUUUCUGGACUGAAAAUAACAGAAAUUUCCCAUAAUUUGUUAUUUGUUAUUUCAUAUAUAAGUUUCAUAUUUUUGCUUUUAAACCAAAAGUUGGCCCAACAUAACCUUUAUUUAACUUGUGAUUGUGUUGGAUUACCACAGCUGUCUUAUAUAAUAGUUAUGCUGGUUCUCAUAGGAUUCCACAGAUUCAUGCAAAGCCUCUGCAUAAGCGUAUACGGUUCAAAUCUCUCUUCUUCCUUGUCAGAUGGCCUGGCAUAGACUUAAAGAUGAGACCUUUAACUUUGUCUGUUUCAUCUCUCCCCCUCUCAUUCUUAACUCCUCUAUUCUAUCCGUUCAUUUGCUCUGGUGUUCUUUCUCUAUUGACUGAUACUUUAAUUUAUUUGAAUAUGAAACUAAUAUCUCUGUGUACAGUAUUUUCAGCGUUUUUGAGUAACCUUUUCAAAAAUAAGGCACAAGUACAUUUACCAAGUGACUCCGAGGUGUAGUUUAAACCAGAAAUAAGCAAUGUCACAUAACCGCAUAGAAAAAAAAAAGCAAGACAAACAGAAUACUUAGAGGAGGUUUUGAAAUUGAAAUUUUAAGUUGACAUGACACUGUAAAAGAAAAAUGUUGUGUCACAGCAUUAUAAUUAAAUGUAACAUAUUCUUUUUAAAUAAAUUGAUUUAUUGACUCAA